CUAAAUCUUCCUUACUUCCUUUGGUUAUUAAGUUAUCAGGUUAUGAUCUACACUGUCUUCAAAUUGAAUACCUUACAUAUGCAUUUCACAUUAUUGCAGUACAUUGUUUCACUUCGUAAUUUCUUCUCUCUCAUGCAGUUGAAAUCGUUCAGUCGUACAUAUCCACAAUCAACUGCCGGUCAACCUGUCCAACUGAGAUUCGAUGUAGAUUCAGGUGUGUUUUAUUAUGCUUUUGUACCAACACAGAAGAAUUGUACAAAUGUGAACUCAACAUUGUUAGUUGCAGAAAUUUUUGUUCCAAUGUCGAUUCAUUAUCCACAUGGAGUGAAGACUCGUUUCAUCCCAGAACAAUUAUAUUAUAAAGUGUAUGAAAAUAAUACUAAUUUAAUAUUUGUGUAUAUGCCAUGUACUUUGAUCAAGACGAAUAUUGAACUUAUAGAAAUAACGAUCAUACCAAACCAAAAUUAA